AUGCAUGCUUUUUCUUAUGAUCAAUACAAAGACUGCAUCAUUAGAAAAGAUUGGAUUAGUUUGGCCAACAAAGUAUGCGAAUCGAUUAGACUACUGGAAAAAGUCGGUGCUGAUUUUGUCAUUAUUCCAUCAAAUACUCCUCAUUUCGCUAUUGAUCUUAUUGAAAAGAAUUCACCAUUGAAAGUUGUUAAUUUAAUCAAAAUAGUGGCUGAUGAAUGUCAGAGACAAGGUUUCUCGAAAGUUUUAGUCCUUGGAACUAAACUUACAAUGCAAGGUGGAUUAUAUAAUGAAGUUCUAAAUUCGAAGAACAUUACUCCGAUGAUUCCAACCGAUGAUGUAUGUGAUAAAAUUGAACAUUUAAUAAGAAAUGAAAUAAUUCCAUCACAGAUAAAUUCAAGUACCGUAGAAAAUAUUCAACAAGAUAUACAGAAAUAUGAUUGUGAUGCGGUGAUUCUUGGAUGUACAGAGUUACCUGUAGUAUAUAACGAAAAUAAUCUUGGGAAACCUGUUGUUGAUACAACUCGUUUACUUGGUCAAUAUGCUUUCAAAUUUGCCUGUGAUGAUAAUCUUUCACCAAAAUGA